AUGAACAUUGAAGGCUUAGUUAGUGGCGGCGGCGAGCACUACCUAUCAAUGCCAGGAAGACGAAUGACAAAUUAUGAGGGGGUUGAGGAUGGUCUUGGAGAUGGAGAUGGUGCUGAUGUGGAUGCUGAUGCUAAUGGAGAGAUCUCCCCAUACACCAAGGAGGAUUGCCACAACGCCCGCUCGACGGACCAGAACGCCGAGGUGAACCUGCUCUGGGAUCUCCUGGCGACAGCCACCGCUGGCGGGCUGACUGCUGAGGAUCUUCUCUGCACCAUCGCCGAGCGCCGGGUGCUGCCGCUCCAGAUGCGCACCCACAAGAUCGGGCACAUGUCCGGCCGGUUCGAUCCGAACCGGACGUCCAAGGUGCCGCUCACCAAGGCCCAGGUGGCCAGCCGGGUGAACCACAUCACCAAGGCGAACUUGGCGGAGGACUGGAGCUACGGGCUGGCGCCCUGCGACAGGAACCAUCCACCGGCGCGGGUUUUUGAGCGCCAGAACGCCGAGGACGGCGACCUGGCGACGAAGAGGUGGACGCCGGAUCUCGUCGAUCCGGCUGACCAAGCCGGCGACCAUGCCGGCGACGACGAUCUGCCGCAGGCGCCUGAUCUAGGCGGCCAGGGGGAGCACAAUCCGCCCCCUUCACCAGAGCACCAGGAGGAGGAGGAGGAGCCGGCGACGUCCGGCACGGGGCCAAUCCCCGCCGUGCCUCUGCGCUCGAGGCCGCCAAGCACCACGGCGACUUCGGCGCCCAAGGGCACGAAACGAGCCGGCUCCACCGCCGCCUUGGAGGCGAAGGCGAAGAAGCAGCGCCGGCAGCAGCCGAAGAAGGUCCCGGAGCAAGCCGGGGCCCCUAUCAAGUUUGCUCAGGGCGGCGGCUCCCGGCAAGCUCCACGCGUGGUGUCGCCGCUUCCGCGCCAGAGGAGGGAGCAGACGCCGCAACCUUCCUCGCGCGCACCUACGCCGCCGCCGCCUGCGACAGGGGCUUCUUCCUUUGCCGUGCCGCUGGCCUCCGCGCCAGAUCGCGGCACGCGGGUCGAGCCAACGCGGCAGCCGACGCUGGACGACAUGUUCCCGCGCCGGACGCCUCUUCGGCCGCUGGGGCCGGGCGGGGCAUGCCGCCUUCAGCCGGGGCCGGAGCCGGCGGGGCUGCUCCUAGGACCGGCGCCGGCAGGGCCGCGCCGCCUGCGGCCGGAGCCGGCAGCAGGCCCACCGUGGUGGAGUUGGACGAGAGUCCGGAGGGGCGCCCCGAGCGCCGGAGACAAGCUCGGGCCGGUGUGUUUUCUUUUCUUUUGCAAUUUUCUUGUUCGGUAG